UUUACCAUGGCAACCACGGGCAUGCAGUUGCUGGGCCUAAUCCUGUCCAUUGUGGGCUGGGUGGGUGGGGCGAUAGUCUGUGCCAUCCCCCUGUGGAGGGUCACUGCCUUCAUUGGUAACAACAUUGUGACGGCUCAGAUCAUUUGGGAAGGCCUUUGGAUGAAUUGCAUUGUGCAGAGCACAGGUCAGAUCCAGUGUAAGGUUUAUGACAGCUUGCUGGCUCUGCCCAGUGACAUGCAGGCUGCCCGGGGCCUCACUGUGUUCUCCAUCCUGCUCUGUGGCCUGGCUCUGGCUCUGGGGGUCCUAGGAGUGAAGUGCACUAAGUGCAUUGGUGUAAACAGCCUCAAGGCCCGUAUUGCUCGCAUCUCUGGAGCCCUUUUUGCUAUCGCGGGCUUCCUCUACCUUGUGCCCGUCUGCUGGACUGCCCACUCCAUCAUCAGGGAUUUCUAUGACCCACAUGUGGCAGCUCCACACAAGCGUGAGCUUGGCCCUGCCCUUUACAUUGGCUGGGGGGCUUCAGCUUUGCUCCUUAUUGGGGGAUCUUUGCUCUAUGCUGGGUCAAGUCCCCCUGGCAUCCCCGGCUCUCCCACCUUCAGCAGUGGAGAAAGCAGUCCUCGCAGGGCACCUGCCACACAAGUCAAAGGUUAUGUCUAAGUUCCCAAAAUGUCUGAAUGCCUUCAAGUCUCACAAAUCCACCCCAAACGAUGACAAACCUGUUUUUUCUCCUCUUGAUUUUGCUCCUUGUAAUUGUUUUAUAUUUAAUGUUAUUCCAGUUUGCUUUUUUCUUUGAAAAGCCGCAGGAGGCUGUUUAGGGAAAAUUGAACUCAUUUUAUUAUUUCAUACCUGAUAUUCUCAAAUAACCAUUUUUCUCUGUCUGUCAGUGUAUACAAUAAAAUUUCUGGUUGUCCAAAUUCUCAACUGAAGGAAUAUGUGUGUGUCAACAUUUUUACAAUCACAGACAUGAAAGCUAAUAUUUUUUACAACCCUAUGUGUUUGAGAUGAGAAGUAGGCUAUAGUUGAUUUAAAAGGAAAAUCUUUGUUUGACUCAUUUAUGUAAAUGCUACUAUGUGUUCUGCUGAGAAGAACAAUAGAACAAUGGAGAUGUGUGUACAUUUGCUUGUGAUGCCAUAUUGUUGAGAAGCGUGUGUGUGUGUGUGUGUGUGUGGUCCUCCAUCUCCUAUCUUCCAUCUCUUCUUCCUUGUCUCAGCUACCCUGUACCAGGGACAAAGAAAAAUAUAUGAUCUUUCUUUCCCAAUUUAAAAUUUUUGUUUACCUCCUAUUAACAAAUACAGUAAUGUAGGCUCUCUUGAUCUCAAACCACCUCCUACUCUUUGUCAUAAACACAAUGGACAAGAAUUCACUGAAAUGGCUAAAGCACAUAUAACAUUAAAACAGAUGGACGCUUAGGAUGGACGUGUGUAUGCCUAACAGUCUGUGUGUGUAAGCAUGUAAUGUGGGAUGUAACAAGCUAAAGUGGAAAAAUCUUUAUUCAUGAGACAUUGUUAACAUCCCUCAGAUUCUGUGCUCAUUUACUUUGAAGUAAAUGAUCAUCCACAGAGAAUUUCAAAAACAGGUUCAGUAAUUUGAAACCACUGAGAGCCUUGGAGUUUGGUUACUGUAAAUGCUGGCAUUAUAUUGUUUCUGAAUUUCAAUAUCUUUUUCCCCAACUAAAUUUCUUGUUCUCUUAAAUGACACGUAAUGGCAUAGAAAACACACUGUGGCAUUUGGUUUCUGUCUGCUGUAAACAAUAAAUUUGAUCAUAGCUGCGAGGGCA